AUGACCAUCGUAAAUGUGAAACACCAGAACGUGUUGCCCCAACCGGCCGCGGCUACCUCUGGCGGUGUCGGCGGUGGCAUUAGUGGCAGCGCCAGCCUCACACACGGUGUGGGCGGCGGUGGCAACGGGCGCGGUGGUGGUAUCGGUGGUGGCCGCAUCAGUCCCUCCGCCAACAACUCCUCCACCUUCAGUAAGAUGCGUACCUCCGCGAAGCGGUGCCUGUUCGACACCCGGCCCGAUCCGAUCGACACCAAGCGGAUAUGCGACGAAAAUGACAAAGCCGAACGGCAGCGCGCCAUCAAGCGGUACGAGUUCGAUACGUACACCUGCCGCAGUGUGGCCUCCUCGAACAGCUCGUCAGCUUCGGCUGGACUGCACCAUCGCCAUCAUCACCAGUGA